AUGCUUGACUCCGGGGCCCACCCAAAGGAACACGAUAUUGGCCUUUAUCCGCGUGAAUCGGGGAUCCAGAGCCUCUCUGGGGCUUACAAACCCCACGCCGUAUUUAAAGUCUUGCUCCAAUCGUUCUAUCCCCCGUUCGAAGUUCCUAGAAAGAUCACGUCAAUAUCAGCAAAUAACGAAGAACGCAAGCUUCAAAGAGGAAAAAGAGUACUAGGCGAAGAACGCAUCAAAAAGGCACAUCCCAUGCGGAAAAGUCUUGCAGAGUGUGGUACAUCGUUCGAUACUGGAGUAAGAAGGAGCAAAAGAAUCAAGAUGAGACCUCUAGAAUACUGGAAAGGAGAGAGAUUCCUAUUUGGCCGUGUCGAUGACAGCAUGAAGCUGAUAGGAGUGAAGUAUAUCUCUCCAGGGAAGAGUGACAAUGACAACAUGAAAGUAAAACCUUACAUCUUGUCCGAAUCUCCCGAUUACAAGGAGCUUCUUGAACUGGCAGCUCGCCAUUGACGCUACUUACGAUUUUCCGGUGAGGGUUCAUUGGUUAGUCGUUUUUAUGAUCUGAUUUCGCAGGAAGAAAGAAAUUACAUAUUUCCUCGUUUUAACUUCUAUAUAUUACCUUGCCUUCUUGUCUGUCUUCUGUAUGGGAGUUAAAAAACUUAAAAAGUCAGACUCAACGGCCUGAAUAUUAAGUAUUGUUGUAUGUAAGGUUAUUUAGUCCUUAGUCCUUUAAGAUUGAGAAAACAUCAUUUUAAGCCACACUUCUUCUUCUUCAGAAUGUGCUACAUACUUGCUUUUUCCGUAUCCCAAAAGGCACAAAAACCUUCUCUAAACAAGAGGUGGGCCCUACCCCCUAGUUCUUAUCGCCAUUUGUAAUAUUCUCUCUUUUAUAGUAUAUGCAAGUUGUAGCAAG